CCGUCCGGCGUCGCGUGUGACAAUGUCGUCGCGCCUCCACAGCUUCUAUACGGUGGAGGUUGGGGACACCAAGUUCACCAUCCUCAAGAGAUACCAGAAUCUAAAGCCAAUAGGCUCAGGAGCACAGGGAAUAGUCUGCUAGCGUUCUGCACAAACCAUUGUACUUGCUUUCGUUUCCUUGGAUACCAUAUCGUCUUAAUAUACCAAAAGAAUAAAGGGGUGAGUGCGUAACGGGCAGUGUUGUGCGCCAGCCCUGGUGAGAGUUUGAAGACCAUGGACGGCCUGGACACGGGUUUUGCUGCAUGGGAAUUCGGCGACACCGUGUUCCGCGUGCCUGUCAGAUAUCAGAACUUGAAUCCCAAAGGAGUCGGGGCGCAAGGAUCCGUCUGUGCGGCGUUUGAUACCAUAUCUCAACAGAAUGUUGCGAUCAAGAAGCUGUCAAGGCCGUUCCAGAAUGUGACCCACGCAAAACGAGCCUAUCGCGAAUUCAAGUUGAUGAAACUUGUCAAUCAUAAAAAUAUUAUUGGACUGUUAAAUGCCUUCACGCCACAAAGAAGCUUAGAAGACUUUCAGGAUGUUUACUUAGUGAUGGAAUUAAUGGAUGCAAAUCUGUGUCAAGUUAUACAGAUGGACUUGGAUCAUGAGCGAAUGUCAUAUUUACUUUAUCAAAUGCUAUGCGGCAUUAAACAUUUACAUUCAGCUGGCAUUAUCCACAGGGAUCUAAAGCCGUCCAAUAUCGUCGUAAAGUCCGACUGCACACUCAAAAUUCUUGACUUCGGUCUGGCACGUACUGCCGGCACAACGUUCAUGAUGACGCCUUAUGUCGUGACGCGUUAUUAUCGCGCACCAGAAGUCAUCUUAGGAAUGGGAUACAAAGAAAAUGUCGACAUUUGGUCUGUUGGCUGCAUCAUGGGCGAAAUGAUACGCGGAGGUGUGCUGUUUCCCGGAACUGAUCAUAUAGAUCAAUGGAAUAAAAUUAUUGAACAAUUGGGCACCCCUAGUCAGGCCUUCAUGCAGCGCCUGCAGCCGACGGUUCGCAAUUACGUUGAAAACAGGCCGCGUUACCAGGGCUACUCAUUCGACAGAUUGUUCCCGGACGCCUUGUUCCCAUCCGACAGUAAUGAGCAUAAUCGACUGAAAGCUAGUCAGGCACGCGAUCUGCUCAGUCGCAUGCUGGUUGUCGACCCAGAACGACGGAUAUCAGUCGAUGACGCGCUUUUACACCCGUACAUAAAUGUGUGGUAUGAUGAAGGAGAAGUCAACGCUCCUGCUCCUGGUCCGUACGACCACAGCGUGGAUGAGCGCGAACAUACUGUGGAGCAGUGGAAAGAAUUGAUUUACCAGGAAGUAAUGGAUUACGAGGGACGCGGAAGCAAUAAUGAGGUAGCAGCGGAGGCGGCCGCCCAGCGGUAGACGUGCG